AUGAAUUAUGGAAAUGAUAGUAGUAACACGAAUCAACAUGAAUACUCUAAUAACGUACCUAGACCAACAUUUUCCGGAGUACUAGGUACCGGAAGACCCGAAGAACGCCCACAACCUAAUGAAAGAAACUCUUACAUUACACAAGCACAAUUUAGCUCCAUACCAUACCAACAACAGAAUGGUUACCCAUCGGAAUUUCAGGGCUAUAAUAACAACUAUAACAAUUACCAUAACGUCGAUAAUCAGGGUAUAUUAUAUAACCAACUUCCGCAACAUUUAAUUAACAAUCAGUUCAAUAAUGAUGCCUAUGCUUCUCAAUAUAACAAUCAUGGCACAUCAUGGUCUUAUAAUGAUACGAGGAACGCAAUGAUAUAUAAUAACCCCAAUACUUAUAAUGUUAAUAGUAAAGACGAAUCUAGUAAGGAGAUCGUUAGUUAUGAAGACAUAGCACCAGUUGUACCAACUAAUAUAAAAAAGAAAAACAACAAGAAAAAAUUACAACAUAAACAGCAGAAUAAUAUAAAUCACAACAAUAAUGGUGAAUCUGAUGGUCCUAAAGUGACCGUUCCACCAAUUCCUGACUCUACGUGUGCGUCCUCAAGUUUAAAUGAUGAUUCCAAGGUUGAGAAAUUAAAUAAUCUCAAAAAUAUGGCAAAAGAGACUUUAAUAUCAAAAGGGGAUACAUUUCCAGGGUCAUUGAGAUUAACUUCUCAAAAUGAUGACGAUGACGAUGAUAACGAUGACCACUCACAAUCUUUAACAAGUAAAAGUAAUAUCAAUAUUCCAGGCACCUCAAUAAAAUUAGAUACAGAUGAAGAGAUUACAAAAUGGAAGGAAGAAAGAAGAAAGAUGUGGUUACUAAAAAUAUCAAACAAUAAAGAGGAACAUAUGAAAGCAAUGGGUGUCAAAGAAAACGAUCUAAAAAAUACAAGUGUAUUGAAAGAAGCCAGUAAACAAAAAAAGUUCAUUCAAAGUAUAGAAUCCCAAGUUCAUCGUUAUGAUCCAAAAGCCAAUCUUAACCUAAAGGUUGCUCAAAGGGAAAUGGCAACUGAAAAUGAUAAAAUUUUGCAAUUCAUUCAAGAACUUGGGGAUGCUAACUUGUUAAAGUAUGAAUUAACUGCAGCAGAAAAGGAGAAACUAUUCGGGAGUGGACCAACUAACUUUAAAAGAAAAUUUAAGAACUCACAACCAUAUGGUAGAGUUCAGAAGAAAAAAUUUAAUAAUAACCAAAGAUAUGAUAGUAGCUCAAAAUGA